AUCGUCAUGCCUGCUCGUCAUCAAAUUGGGGCUAGCCGCAGACAGAGAAAAGAUGACGACGGUGAAGAUGAAGACUCGUUGGUGGGCGAUUUGGAGGAUGAAUCCAUGAGUGAACAAGGCUCGUUAGACAGCGAGGAUGCCGAUGCUGAAGGUAGCGAUAGUAGCAGCUCUACGUCACCUACCAAACAUGAACCCAACUCUACUGUGUUAGAAACGGAGGCGAUGCUGAAUGAACUGAAUAUAUCCGAUCCCGAGGAAAUCCAUCGGUUCAGUCAGACCGAGGAAGAUCGAAUGACAAUCCGAACCGGGCGAGCUCCAUCCGCUCCAUCCACUGGGCCUAAUCGUGACACUUUUGCGGCACGCAAGCGACGUGAACAUGAGAAAUAUAUGACGGAGCGAGACCAGAAUCCUGCUUUUGUUCCUACGCGCGGUAGCUUCUUUUUACAUGACAAGCGGACAGCGGAGUCUAACAAGGGGAAAUCUCGACCUUAUGGCCUCAUAGUGGAUGGAAACACACGUCGAAACUUGUCCAAGCCCGAUGCUAGUGCAGGACAGUGGACUCACGACCUUCAUGAAACAGUCGCUGGAGCUAAUCCUCCAGCUUCUAAGGCCUCCAUUUUCCCUCCUUCCGCGACUAUUCCUUCUGCUCCUCAAUCUGUACCACCAAAUCGAUCCUUUUCCAGCACCACGCUCAUUGGAAAUGUGCCCGUUGUUGUCUCGUUGCCGGGCAUGACCAAGCCCGUUACCUUCCCUGCAGUACCCAAAAAACAACACACCCGACUCCCUCAGCAUAGACCCCCCUUGCGCCGCGAUAAACCAGUACGCAUCUCAUUGCCUAACAGCCCCCCUCGGUAUCACUACCCAUCGCCUGAUCGUUCAUUCAUUUUCAUUCCCCGUGCAUUGCGCCCGAACCAGUAUCGUGGCCGGGGUCGUGGUGGUAGCUACUAUCCUCCACGACGUCCUAGCUCCUUUGGUGGUUCGUUUGGCGGUGGUAGUACAUACGCACCUAGUGUCGUUAGUCCACGGUCGUCUCUUGGGAUGCCUCCAUCUCAAGACGGAUACCCAUCGCCUGCUGGGUCUCGAAUUGAGCCUUACCUUAUCAACCCCGUUGCUCGUCUCCCAUAUCCACCAUUCCUCCCCGGUGGUUCAUACCUCCAAGGCCCUCCUCAAGGACCUCCGAUGAUGCCUUUGCCAAUGAAUAUGCCACCUGUGCCAUACCGUGAAAGUCGGCCAGCGCACAUUCCUAUGCAACACCCACGUCCCCAGAAAGCCGUACCUUUGGAGAACAUCGAGAACCCCGCAACUUUCCCGUUGAAUCCUCCGCAGCCUCAGCAGGAGCAACCCUUCCAUCAGCAAGUCCCUUCAGCUAAUGAUAUUGGCUCUGGUGGUACUACUCUGCAUGGCCCACCAAGUCAUGCCUCGGGGACUCCUCUCUCUCAGAUCCCCGAACGGGCGGUGCAUGCACCACCGUUCAUGCCUUGGAACAACAACCCUGGGAUUUAUGGAUAUCCUCCAGGCUACUCUACUGGAUACCCCCCAGGGUAUCCGAUCUACUAUCCUGUCCCUGGACCUGAGUAUGGAUACCAUGGGCCGAUGAGUGGUAUGUCAAUACCAAACUUCAGUCCCCAGCAGCCCUACUUCCCCAACUCUGGUGAUCAAUCACAUCCGGGGAUAGUCUACCAUGAGUCCGGUGGCACGCACUUCUACGACGUUUCUCAUAUGCAUACGAAUUCCGAUAACGGUUCGGGACCUGGGGGAGUUGUAGGCAUGGGCGGCAUGAUGACACCGCCGGGGAUGACAUACUCCGGUUACAGAGGUCACAGCUCUGGUCGCCAAUGA